GACAAGCUGUUCUCUCCACUGGGCCGCACUAAUAACCCACUUCCAAUCUUUAUAAUGACUGAGAAUGGCUAUGAGGAUAACACUGCCUUUCUUGGGGAAUGGGGACCGUUCCAACAGAUGGUGUUCUUUCUCUUAUGUUUGAGUAUCAUCCCUAACGGCUUUACAGGUAUGUCUAUUGUGUUCAUCGGUGAUACACCAUCCCACCAUUGCCUCAUACCCGCAAAUGCGAACAUUACUGGCGAAUGGAGAAAUCACAGUAUUCCUUUGGAGGAGGAAAGCGGGAAUGUUGUGCUCAGUAAAUGCGCCAGAUACAAACUCGAUGUCAUACAGAGUUUCUCAGAAAGAGGUUAUGUCCCAGGGAUCGAUGUCAACGUUUCUGAAAUACAACACGAGACCUGUUUGGAUGGCUGGGAAUACGAUCGGGGGACGUACAUCUCCACCAUUGUGUCCGAGUGGGACCUGGUGUGUGCUGAUAAGUGGAAGAAUCCAUUGACCUCUUCUGUGUUCUUCUGUGGUGUCCUCACUGGCUCCUUCCUCUCUGGCCAGCUCUCUGACAGGUUUGGGAGGAAAAAUAUUCUCUUUGCCACCAUGGGAGUUCAGACUGUGUUCACAUUUAUCCAGGUCUUCUCUCCAACCUGGGUUGUAUUCUGUGCCUUAUUCUUUGUUGUCGGGAUGGGGCAAAUCUCAAAUUAUGUGGCUGCAUUUGUGCUAGGAACUGAAAUUUUAUCUCCAUCCAAACGGAUAAUCUACUCCACUCUUGGAGUUUGUAUGUUCUACACCAUUGGCUACACACUCCUUCCAGCAGUGGCCUUCUUCAUCAGAGACUGGAGGAUGCUGAUGCUAGCCCUCACCCUCCCAGGCUUCCUUUAUGUCCCUUUUUGGUGGUUCAUCCCAGAGUCUCCCAGAUGGCUGCUCUCUCAGGGAAGAGUGGAGGAGGCUGAGGCCAUACUGAGAGAUGCUGCCAGGAGGAACAGAGUCACAGCACCAGAGGUCAUCUUCCGGCCUGUACAGUUAGAGCCCAAGGCUGGGAAGUUGGUGGCCCACAACAUCUGUGAUCUGGUGAGGUCCAGCAACAUCCGUUGGGUGUCCAUCACGCUGUGGCUGGUCUGGACCAUUCUGUCCAUCGGGUACUUUGCCUUGUCACUGAACACGUCCAACCUGGCAGGGAGCUCCUAUCUGAACUGUUUCCUGUCAGCUGCCAUUGAGGUCCCUGCCUAUACCAUGGCCUGGCUCAUGUUCCGCUGCUGCCCCCGGCGCCUGUGUCUCUUCUCCACUCUGUUUCUGGGUGGGGUGGUGCUGCUCUGCAUAAACCUCAUACCACCAAAUCUGAGCUCUGUAUCCACUGCACUAGAGAUGCUGGGGAAGUUUGGUGUGACUGCAGCUUUUUCCAUCGUGUAUGCCUACACGGCUGAGCUCUACCCCACUGUCGUGAGGAACACAGCCAUAGGGGCCUGUUCCAUGGCCUCCAGAGUGGGGAGCAUCUCUGCCCCAUACUUCAUCUAUCUGGGAGGCUGUUCCAAGUCGCUGCCAUACAUUCUAAUGGGGAGUCUUACAGCUCUGUCUGGGUUGCUUAGCCUCCUGCUGCCUGAGAGCCAUCGUAUGCCUCUUCCAGACACCAUCACUCACAUGCAGACCUUCCCAGGAUGGAAAAAGAGAUCAGUGUAUUAACUGAGCCAAUCUACAGGAGAGGAAGAUGUGUCUGAUACUUUGUGACAGCUACUGGACACCUCAGUUGUUCUUUCAACAUGUACUUGUAUGACCUACCACAUUGUGUAACUAACCAAGAUGCUUAUAAAGUACUUUUUCUAUGCA